GCGUGCAGCGCCCCUGGCCUCGAAUGAAACACACUGGAUCAGCAGCAGCAGCUUUUCAUUGAAGGGAAACUGAGAGAAAGAAGGGGGCUGUCAGAGACUUCAAGCAGACUGUAUCUCAGGAGCAGGGGCCAAAAAACUCAGGCGGGCAAGCGUGUGAAGGUCAAUCGUGUUCAGCCAGAUAAUGACGGAGGUUAGCGAGAUAUUGAUGUCGGUUCUGUCUACGAUUCGGGUUCCGAGGCCCGGAGAUCGUGUUCACAAAGACGAGUGCGCCUUCUCGUUCGCCAGCCCGGAGAGUGAGGGAGGCUUGUAUGUCUGCAUGAACAGCUUUCUCGGCUUUGGAAGUAAGUAUGUCGAAAGACACUACGCCAAAACCGGUCAGAGAGCUUACCUGCACAUCACCCGGACCCGGAAAACACAGAAGGAGGAUGAAAACAAUUCUGGAUCAGGUGACCCUCCGAAAAAGAAGCCCACAAGACUAGCCAUUGGGAUUGAGGGAGGGUUUGAUGUUGAGCAGGAGCAGUAUGAGGAAGAGGUCAAGGUGGUUCUGUUCCCAGACCAACAGGAAGUGACAUCAGAGGAUCUAGCCUCCAUGCCAGAUGUUGUUCGGGAACGGGUGUCUCUGUCGAUGGCGGGGCUGCAGGCAGCAGACUCAGUGUCACACACUUUGCAGGUGCAGCAGUGGGAUGGAGAAGUGCGACAGGAGUCAAAACACGCAGCUGAACUUAAACAACUCGACAAUGGGGUCAAAAUCCCUCCGAGUGGCUGGAAGUGUGAGGUCUGUGACCUACAGGAAAACCUGUGGAUGAAUCUGACAGAUGGAAAGAUUUUUUGUGGGCGGAGAUAUUUUGAUGGCACAGGGGGGAAUAACCAUGCCCUCCUGUACUACCAGCAGAGUGGAUACCCAUUGGCUGUCAAACUCGGCACAAUAACACCUGACGGAGCAGAUGUCUAUUCAUACGACGAAGAUGAUAUGGUAUUAGACUCUAAGCUUCCAGAACAUCUUUCUCACUUUGGCAUCGAUAUGAUGACUAUGGAAAAGACGGAAAGAACCAUGACUGAGCUGGAGAUCGCAGUGAACCAGCGUGUGGGAGAGUGGGAGGUGAUUCAGGAGUCAGGUUCUACUCUGAGGCCCCUGUGGGGCCCGGGGCUCACCGGUAUGAAGAACCUGGGAAACAGCUGCUACCUCAACUCUGUCAUGCAAGUGCUCUUCACCAUCCCGGACUUCCAGACCAAAUACGUUUCCAACAUCGACAAGAUCUUUAAUGCGGCGCCCAGUGACCCUACCCAGGAUUUUAAGACUCAAGUAGCAAAGCUGGGUUAUGGCCUUCUGUCAGGAGAGUACUCUAAGUCGGCCCCUGACCCCGGAGACGACCCCAGUACCUCUACUGAGCCCAGGGGUGACCAGGUUGGCAUAGCACCUCGUAUGUUCAAAGCUCUGGUUGGACGAGGCCACCCUGAGUUCUCUACCAAUCGGCAGCAGGAUGCGCAGGAGUUUCUUCUUCACUUUAUAAAUAUGGUGGAGAGGAACUGUCGGUCAGGCAUGAAUCCCUCAGAAGCUUUCCGCUUCCUAGUGGAGGAGAAGAUCGUAUGCCAGCAGUCACAAAAGGCCAAAUAUACCCAACGAGUGGACUACAUGGUCCAGCUGCCCGUUCCCAUGGACCAGGCAACUAAUAUGGAGGAGCUGCAAGAAGCGGAGCGUCGCAGGGAGGAGGCGGAGUCAUCUGGAGCCCCUCCCUCUGCUGCACCACGUGCUCAAAUCCCAUUUGCUGUCUGUUUGGCUGCUCUUAGCGAACCGGAAACACUCACAGAUUUCUGGAGCUCUGCAGUGCAAGCCAAAACCACUGCCACAAAGAUCACUCGCUUUGCUUCAUUUCCUGACCAUCUUGUCAUCCAAAUUAAGAAAUUCACCUUUGGCCUGGACUGGGUUCCUAAAAAACUAGAUGUGAGCAUUGACGUUCCUGACACACUGGAUCUGAGCGCACUCCGUGCCAUGGGACAGCAGCCAGGGGAGGAGCUUCUGCCAGAGGUGGCUCCACCUCCUCUCAUGACCCCUGAUGUGGAGGUUAAAGGUAUCCUGGGUUUCCACGGCAACGAGGAGGACGACUCUCUCUACUCCCCACUGCUGUCUCCGGUGUUGGAUGACUCCACAGUGUCUCAGCUGUGUGAGAUGGGUUUUCCUCUGGAGGCCUGCAGGAAGGCCGUGUACUACACAGGCAACACUGGCAUUGAUGCUGCUAUGAACUGGGUGAUGGGACACAUGGAAGACCCUGAUUUCUCAGCACCUUUAGUGUAUCCUGGAUCUAGUUCUGCUCCUGGCACCACUCCCACCGAGAGUCUACCUGAGGAACAUCUAGCAACUAUUAUUUCUAUGGGAUUCAGUCGAGACCAGGCCACUCGCGCUCUCAGAGCUACGAAUAAUGUUCUCGAGCGAGCCGUGGACUGGAUCUUCUCUCAUCUGGAUGACCUGGAGUCCAUGGAUGUGUCUGAAGGUGGGCGCUCAGAGGGAGGAAGUGAAACCAGUCGGGAACCUCCUCCAGGACCGUGUGUCCGUGACGGACCAGGAAAGUAUGAGCUUUUUGCGUUCAUCAGUCACAUGGGAACGAGCACAAUGUGUGGUCAUUAUGUCUGCCACAUCAAGAAGGACCAACAGUGGGUAAUCUUUAAUGAUCAGAAAGUUUGUGCCUCUGAGAAACCACCUAAGGACCUGGGCUACCUGUACUUUUACAGAAGAGUGGUGGAAUAGAGUAAACUAGAAUAGCAUUUCCCACACACACACACACUCAUCUGUAUCUGAUCUACUGAAACAGUAGGCCCAGACUCCUGCUUUUAAACUGACGCACCAUUUAAUAAGUCAAAGCACUUCUCCAUCAAAUAUAUUCACUACAGAGAGAACCGUAAUAAAAGACAGAAGAGAAAAAAAGAGAUGUAAGAUGUGAGGAUUAGAGUGUUCUUACUCAAAACGCCUUGUUGUACAACGCCUUACCACACAGACACACACACACACACACACACAAGUCUCCUUCGUGCCUCCCCCUGAUUGGAUAGUGGCUGUUGUGACAUCAUCGCUUUUAGAGCUAAGCUCCACCUUCCUUCGUUUGUGUGUUUCAGAAUGUUCCUGUAAAUGUUUAAUGGCAAGUAAAUGUCACUAAAUCACAAAAAACAGCUAAAUACUAUAUAUUGGAAUUUUAAAUUUAAAAAAAAAAAUGAAUGCAAAAGGUGUUGUGCAGUUUCACUUUUUUCCUUAUGGUUUGUUCUCCUUUUUGGGGGGAGGAAAGAAUUCCUUUUGUUCUUUUUGCUUUAAAAUAAAAAAGUGUCUCUUUGCUGCUUCUGACUCUGUGUAUUGCUUAUGGAUGUGUAUUUAGGAGCUUUCUGCCAAAUGCAGUGUCAGCAUUAAUAAACAUUUUAUGUUUAUUACAGAAAGUAACAUGUGAAUGCACUGGCAAUACUGAAAGUGGAAAGAGUAUUGAUAAAUGUAAAAGCAUGAAACUCUUCUAAGUGUAUAAAGAACACGAAUGACAUUUGGUAAUUUAUCUGGUUAACAACGGAAAGUUAAAGCCUCAUGAUAUUUCACUGCUGAUAAGCUUUGGUUCAGGUUUUUGUGUCGGCUGGUUUCCCGCACACGUUAGUUUUUACCAGUUGGACUAAAUGCACAGAACUUGCCUCAAACUUUGUCAACAAACACAAAACAGCAUCCAAAC